AUAAUAGUGAUUCCUGCAGAUGCUCAGAAGUCAGUGCUGAUUAAAGAAGAAGCUCCUGAAGAACAGUGGCCUGAUGUGGACCAGCAGGAUGCAAAUUGCCUCCACAUAAAACAGGAAGAGGAGGAACAGUGGGCCAUUUUGGGGGGAGAGCAACUCAGUAUGGAGGAGGAGACAGAUGUCACCAGCUUUUCAUUAACUGCAGUUCCUUUCAAGAGUGAGGAUGAUGAAGAGAAACCUCUGUUCUCACAGCGUUAUCAACGCCAAGUUGAAGUCCAUGAUCUUCCAACCAGCAGCUCAGGUGACCACAUAGAAUCAGCAACUGGUGAUGGAGAAGAAUAUACAAAAACCCCAGAUCUAAAUGCUUAUAGAGACUAUUCUAAUUCUUCAGAAACUGAAGUCAGUGAGGAUGAUGAAGUUGGUGAUAAUGAUGUGAACAAUCCUGAGUCUGAGCACAACAAAAAUGGACUGAAGCCAUUUGGCUGUGAUGUUUGUGGGCGAAGGUUCAAUUUUAAGGGACAUUUAAAUAGUCACGUAAGAAUCCACACAGGACAGAAGCCCUUUUCUUGUCAACUGUGUGAACGAAAGUUUAACGAAAAGGGAGUUUUAAACAGACACAUGAAAAUCCACACAGGACAGAAGCCCUUUUCUUGUGAUCUGUGUGAAAAAAGGUUUAGCGCAAAAGGAGAUUUAAAGAGACACAUGAUGAUCCAUGCAGGGCAGAAGCCCUUUUCUUGUGAUCUGUGUGAAAAAAGGUUUACUGAAAAGAGUAAUUUAAAACAACAUAUGAAAAUCCACACAGGACAGAAGCCUUUUUCUUGUGAACUGUGUGAAAAAAGGUUUAGUGAAAAGGGAGAUUUAAAGAGACACACAAGAAUCCACACAGGACAGAAGCCCUUUUCUUGUGAUCUUUGUGAAAAAAGGUUUAGUGAAAAGGGAGCUUUAAAGAGACACAUGAUGAUCCAUGCAGGGCAGAAGCCCUUUUCUUGUGAUCUGUGUGAAAAAAGGUUUACUGAAAAGAGUAAUUUAAAUAAACACAUGAAAAUUCACACAGGACAGAAGCCAUUUUCUUGUGAUUUGUGUGAAAAAAGGUUUACUGAAAAAAGUAAUUUAAAAAACCACAUGAAAAUUCACACAGGACAAAAGCCAUUUUGUUGUGAUCUAUGUGGCCGACGGUUUGCAAGAAGGGACAGUUUAAACGGACACAUGAAAAUCCACACAGGACAGAAGCCAUUUUCUUGUGAUCUGUGUGAAAAAAGGUUUAGCGAAAAGGGAGAGUUAAAGAGACACAUAAGAAUCCACACAGGACAGAAACCCUUUUCUUGUGAUCUUUGUGAAAAAAGGUUUAACGAAAAGGGUAUUUUAAACAGACACAUGAAAAUCCACACAGGGCAGAAGCCCUUUUCUUGUGAUCUGUGUGAAAAAAGUUUUACUGAAAAGAGUAGUUUGAAAAAACAUGUGCAAAUCCACACAGAACAGAAGCCAUUUUGUUGUGAUCAGUGUAGUCAAAAGUUUACCGAAAAGGGCAAUUUAAAGAAACACAUGAAAAUCCACACACAAUAGAAGUCCUUUUCUUGUGAUCUGUGUUAGCAAAUUUUCCCAAAAAGACUAUUUAAAUGCACACCUGAGAAUUCACACAGGACAACAGCCCUUUUGUUGUGAUUUGUGUGACGGGAUGUUUACCAGUAAGGCCAGUUUAAACCAACACAUGAGAAUCCACACUGGGGGAAAAGUAAUUUGAAAGAACUCAUAGGCAACAAACCACACACACACAUCUACUAAUAUAUUUAAAUUAACUUUUUUACAUGCCUGAAUCUGGUAAUGGACAACAUAAUUUCACUAGUUGUAACUGAGAAACAUUU